GUCUUGCUGUGCCAAGGAAGAGUUUUUUUUGCCGUUCGCUACUGAAACAGAUCACAGCGCAGUACCAUUUUUGCAAAUAUGGAGUAGAAAGGAAGAUGAAAACAUGCCCAGACCAACAACAGUCACUGUUACUGUGGCUACCCUAUUUGGCAUUGCAGCAGGAGGUCUAGCUGUCUGGAGGGUCAUCCAACGUCGAAAACAUAAAACUUGCAUUACACCAAACCAAGGAGGAAAUAUUAAGGAACGGGAAAAGAAAGAUAUCUCAGAAGACAUUUUUCGUUCAUUUUUACCUUCUCCCACAAUUUGUUGGCUGGAGGAGAUCCUUGAGGCAAAAGUAAUAAUCAUUUCUGAGGUAGAGAAGUGGAAUGAAGUGGAACCCAUAUUAACGAAAGAGUUGGAAUGUUGCCCAGUCCUUGGAAUUGACUGUGAGUGGGUCUCAGUGGAAGGAAAAAAGGCCAAGCCUGUUUCUCUCUUACAAUUGGCUGCUUGUAAUGGACUUUGCCUCCUUCUUCGUUUGCCCCAGCUGACCAGUAGGGGACAAGUUCUUCCAAAGACUUUGCUUGAAGUUUUGGCAGAUGGCAAAAUUCUAAAAGUUGGGGUAGGAUGUUGGGAAGAUGCCAGUAAGCUAUUUCAUGAUUAUAGUGUAACUGUCAAAGGGACUGUGGACCUCCGCUAUCUGGCCCUAAGACAUAGUAAGACCUUCUCCACAAAUGGGCUCAGCCUGAAAUCUCUUGCCGAAAAGCUUCUCCAAUAUUCGCUUGACAAAUCUCUACACUUGUGCUGCAGCAAUUGGGAAGCGGAACAAUUAACUCAAGAACAGAUUGAUUAUGCUGCCCGAGAUGCACAGGUGUCAGUGGCUUUGUUCCUCCAUCUGGUGAACCUUCCUUGCCCCCCUUGUGCAUCAGCUGACAGACAUGCUCUUCCUGCUUGGGAAAAGGUUCUGAGGAAAUGUCAGGGUUUGGUGGAUGUACCCUUCAGGGGAAAAAAUAAUAGCUUUGGUGAUGAUGAAAACCUGAGAAAUGUAGAGCAAAGCCCACAGUCUCAGAAACUUCCAUCCUCCCCAAUCAACCAGCAGGGGAAGGAUCCUCGGAAGCACAAAAGGAAGCCUCUGGGUGUAGGAUAUUCUGCCAGGAAAUCUCCCUUGUAUGAUAAUUGCUUCUUGCAUGCUCCUGAUGGGCAGCCUUUAUGUACAUGUGAUCGCAAGAAAGCCCAGUGGUAUCUUGACAAAGGCAUUGGAGAAUUAGUAAACGUGGAGCCAUUUACUGUGAGAUUAAAGUUUGAGCCCUCUGGACGCCCUGAAUCAACUGUGGAUUAUUACUUGACAGUCAAAGAAAAUCUGUGUGUUGUGUGUGGCAAAAAAGAAUCUUAUAUUCGAAAGAACAUUGUACCUCACGAGUACCGGAAACACUUUCCCAUCCAGAUGAAAGACCACAAUUCCCACGAUGUGCUCCUUCUCUGCACUGCAUGUCAUGCGCUCUCUAAUUACUAUGAUAAUCAUCUCAAGCAACAACUGGCUGAAGAAUUUGGUGCCCCUAUUGGUUGUGAGGAAGGCGUUCGCUUGCUCGAAGAUCCCACCCGCAGAUUAGUCCGUUCGGCAGCUAGAGCGCUUGUGAAUGCAGACAGCCUACCUGCUGCCAGGAAGGAAGAGCUGUUGCAGCUGAUCAGAGAUUACUUUGCGUCUGACACGGUUUCCCCAGAGAUGGUGCAGGAAGCAGCUGGACUGGAAACCAGGAUUUUUAACGAGAGCUAUGUGCCACAUGGCUUGAAAGUGGUUCAGUCUUUUGCUGAAGGGGGCUUAUAUUCUCUCAUGGAGCUGGAGAAACGUUGGCGCCAGCACUUCUUGGAUGUUAUGCAGCCCAAGCAUCUCCCAGCACAAUGGUCUGUUGAUCACAAUCACGACAAAUUAAUCAAGAAAUACGGGGAGACUCUCCAGAUUGAACUUCCAUGAAGAUGAAAUGGUGAAACUGGAAAAUAUAAUGGAGACUUACUAUUUUCCUUCCCCCUCAUGUUGGAAUUAACAAGAUUCCACCCAGACAGUUACAUUGCGAAGGAAAUCUCACCAGCAUUGCCAGUUAAAACUAUUUUAAGCUAAAAAGUGGUUUUAAGUCUUUUUAAUUGUUUUGAAUUACAAUUUUAAUGUUUGUUCUAUAAAGAUCACCAUAGCCAUAUCUUCUUAGGAAAGGCCUCUGUACCUAUGUGGACCACUUCUAGCCUUUCAGAUGUUGCUUCUGAAGUGCAGUAGUACUUCACUCACUGUUUGUCAUCAUUGUCCAUGGACACAGAAGACUGCAUGAAACAUCUGGAGGCUUUCAGGUUUUCAUCUCUGUUUUAUCUUGAAGGUACCAUUAAGGGGGAAGAAGAGGAUCAGGUGUUUUUUUACAAGAGGAUUUAUUUGUCUAACAGCAAUUAUAUAUCAAUCAAAGCCCAUAUUUAGCUAUCAAAAUGGCUACCAUUUAGCUAUUAAAAUGUCAGACCUGUCCCAGCUUGGUCCUUUAGGAAAGAAGCAUUCUCAACUCCAUUCGUAGCAAAAAGGUUACAUUUACUAAAAGCCAAGUGAUCUGGUGGUGCAACAGGCUAAUGCAGCCUAUUAUUAACAGCAACUGCUUGCAAUAUUGCAGGUUCAAGUCCCACCAGGCCCAAGGUUGACUCAGCCUUCCAUCCUUUAUAAGGUAGGUAAAAUGAGGACCCAGAUUGUUGGGGGGCAAUAAGUUGACUUUGUAUAUAGUAUACAAAUGGAUGAAGACUAUUGCUUGACAUAGUGUAAGCCGCCCUGAGUCUUCGGAAAAGGGCGGGAUAUAAAUGCAAAAAAAAAAAUUAAAAAAAAUUACAGUUAUGCAAAGCCAGAACUAAGAGUUUGCGUGCAAAGGUUCCCUAGUUAACUUUCCCUUCUUGUGUCCCGUCCUCCUAGUAUAACCUCGUUGUCCAGUCACAUUCGAAGAAAAUGUUUUGGUAAUUAAUCCCCGCUAGAUAGAAUGGAUGUUACAUUCCAUCCCUGGACUGCAGUCUUGGGAUGUCUCUGGACAGCACAAAGUUUACUUUUGGUUUCCCCUUCCCUUGUCUUCCCCCAGAUCCUUUCCCCCAAAGCUCACGGCAGUUUGGCAACUAGCGAAGCAUAGUUGUGAGCGAAGGGUGGCAGUUCUGACAAUUCAUUGGAUAACUUUGAGGCAGUCCUUAUCUCUCACCUCCCCUACAUGUGUGGCCCCAAGGAUGAAGGACAAGGAAGCCAAAGGCUUGUUUCAAUAUUUUAUUGUUCACUGUGGUGGAAGUUUGCAUUGUUUCGGUUCUGUUCUGCCGGAAUAUAAAAUGCACACCAUUUUUCAGUGGAAUAAUCCCAGUGGUGAACUCAAAAAGUGUUCUUUUCCAAUUUAUCCGUUUCCCUACAUUGUGUGUCUCUGAUCCUCUACAAAAGAACAUUGAAACUUAAAUUUGUGUUGGUGGCUGCUUCUGAUAGGAUCUUUACCAGUUGGAUGAAAAAGUUAAUUUUUAAUUGCUGAAUUUAGCCGGGCAUUUACCACCUUAAAUUUAAAUAGAUGCUAAUACGAUAGAAUGUGAUAACCAGGAGUAGGUCUUUUGAUAUUAUCUGGUACUCACUGAGCUUGUGGAAACUGACAAAAGUUGCUAAGAUUCCCUGUGGCAUCAGUGCUGUGACUUCUAAGUUGGAUUCAUGCCCUCUUGACUGAUUUGGUCUUUGAAGAGACAUAACGUGUCAAACUUUCAACAGGAGAAUACCAACCCUGCAAAAAAGAUUCAUGAAUAUCAUUAGCUAAGUUUACUCUGAAGAAAGUAAAGAGCUACUAUAUUUUUCAGAGUAUAAGAUGCUCCAGACUAUAAAACACACCUACCUUUUUUGGUGAGGAAAACAAGAAAAGAAAUCUGCCUCUGCCUCCCAGCAAUUUUGCCUCAUUGCAGCAAACAGCAAAUAGCCUGCUUUACUUUCAUUUUCGUUUUCAGCAUAGCUUGAUUAGCACAAGAAAAAAACAACUGCUCCCAGCAAUUUACCUCCUUGCAGCAAGCAGCAGAGGCCCACGCAGCAAUAGGCAAUGGCAAUCCCUGCAGCCUGAAACAGCUGAGAGUCGGGAGGCUGAUCCAACAGACAAUCAACUUGUGUUAAUUACGCUGUGCUGAAGCUGAAAUGGGCUGCUUCUUCUUGCUGCUUGCUGCAAGGAGGUAAAUUGCUGGGAGGCAGAGGCCAAAGGGUGGGGGCCAGUGGGUGGGCGGAGCUACAUUCAGUGUAUAAGACGCACCCAAAUUUUCACCCCUUAUGGGGGGAAAAGGUGCCUCUUAUACUCUGAAAAAUACGGUAAUAUAGAGAAUCUUAGGAUAAUAAACCCCAAAUCUAGCAUUUAUUUAUUACCGAAUGUAUUUAUUAUUAGUGAAUUCACUUGGGCAGAGUCUCUUAAUUUGUAAGAGCCACAUGAAUCUCUUGUUUCCAGGGUGAAGGUCCUUUGAGCUUCUUCCUCUUUCUUUCCCAAACCUGGAGGAUUCACAUCUAGCCACUUUGGUGAACAUUUUAUUUAAAGGAUAGGAAUGCAAGAAGUAUUCUUGUAGUGUAAUAGAGGUAAUACAUUCAGCAACUAUCUCCAUAAUCUUUUGCAGUUGAGAUAAUGAUGAAAAAAUAACUUUAUGAUCAAUCUUAGCAUUUAGGACUUUCACAGGUGUGUAAAGGAAAGGAAAGGUGAAGUAAGAUCAUAAACAUAGCUGUGGUUUCACUUAGUGACCACUUUCCUUAAUGACCAGGCUACUGGUCCCAAUUGUGGUUGCUAAACAAAGAACUACCUGUUCAUCCUAUUUGGUCUUGUUAGACUUUUCAUGGUAUCUCACUGGGCUACCUUAUUGGGGAUGGAAGUUAAAAGCACCUUUUUCCGGUCAUUCUGUUUUUUUCUUAAGUGGAUGGUUCUAGUCAGUAAUGGUGGGGGGAGGAAAAUCAGGCUGGUGGGUUAGGCAAGGGUCCCCAACCCUCACUCCACGACCCGGUACCGGUCUGUGAUCCAUUGGGAACUGAGCCAUUGUCAGUCCAUGGAGCUUGGGGACUGCUGGGUUAGGGGAUGAUGGUGCUAGGACUCAGAAAUGGGCCUUAGUACUGAAGAAUAUCCUUGCUCCCUGUUAGCACUUUUACAAGGCAGUCAAGACUAUUUUCGGAACAGAAGUUUGAGUGUUAGGUCUCUUAGUGUUCAACAGAUUGGAUGACUCUCUGUUCUAAAUGUACUGUUUUGUUGGGGGGUUUUUUUGGGUAGGUUUUGAUAUUUAGUCUAAAUUGUCAAAAGUUAGGAGGAUGGUAUAAAAGUGCUUGUAAUAAACAAAUAAUGAAUAAAUAAGUUAAUUACCAACGUUUGCAUCUUUCAUGCUCAGACACUAGCAGAUAAAUUAAUAUGUCAAGGAAAAACUUAAAAUGGGAACCCUUUGUUGGAGAUCCAAUUUUCUCUAUGCUACUGGAUUUUUAAAAAUAGAAUUGCUUUUGGUCAUAUAAGCCUCAAUUUGUCAUCUAAUGUUAAUGCCUAUUCAUAGUUUAAACACCCAGGCCUCUCUUGAAGUGUUGAUGCUGGCAAAAAAGAAGAAGGAAAAGUUCAGUUGAAAAUUAUAAUUGGAUACAUGGAAAAUACAGAAAUGCCUCUGUUCUUCACAAGCAGAUAUUCAGCUGCUGUCAGAAGCCCUGAAAGAAAUGCCAUGUGCAAGCAGUUGGGACAGAUCGUCUUGGAGGAUCAUGAAAAUACUAUAAUGGUUUUGUGAACCAUCUAGCCUUUUCAAAUACAAAUUUAGUGCUUCUGGGUCUUGAAGCUUACCAGAAUUGUACUGACCUCUGAACUGGUAAAAUGCUGGGUGAAAUAUUUGAUUUUUUUCUUUAAGGAAGAGGGGGAAAAAAAUCCACAAAGAGGUUUUUGGAGAAAGUUAUUUUGUAGUGUGGGUGCAGAAGAUGGUGGGAAGUGGUAUAAAUCUACUACUGUUCUCCAUAGUCAUAACAUACUGUGUAAGGUCUAAUGUAAAUAUCCUGCUUUUUAAAAAUGUGCUACUACCGAUUUCAUUCCUCAUUAAUAUUUUUAAGUGUCUUAAUGUUCUUUUUAAAUUAAAGCUUU